GCGGGUCGGGCUGGGCCGAGCCGGGCCGGGCCGGCAGGGCAGGGCCGGGCAGCGAUGGCGGCGGCGGAACGUGGCAGCGGGAUCGGGACCAGAGCCGGAGCCGAGGCCGUGCCCGGGACCGUGCCCGCCCCCACUCGCCUGCAGGCCUAUGCCUGGUGCCGGGAAUUCCUCUCCGGCUCCUGGAAGCUCAUCGGACCCGAGGAGUUCUUUAUCGAGCCCAUCAGCGGGGGGCUCAGCAACCUGCUCUUCAAAUGUGCGCUGCCCGACCACGUCCUGAGCGUCGGGGACGAGCCCCGCCAGGUGCUGCUGCGUGUCUAUGGGGCCAUCCUGCAGGGCGUGGACUCACUGGUGCUGGAGAGUGUCACCUUCGCCAUCCUGGCCGAGCGGGCACUGGGGCCGCGGCUCUACGGCGUCUUCCCUCAGGGCCGGCUGGAGCAGUUCAUCCCAAGCCGUCGGCUGCGCACUGAAGACCUGCGGGACCCUGGCAUCUCCAGGGAGAUCGCGGUGAAGCUGUCACGGUUCCAUGGCAUGGUGAUGCCUUUCAACAAGGAGCCCAAGUGGCUCUUUGGGACCAUGGAGUGGUACCUGAAGGAGAUUUCAGAGCUGACCUUCACUGAGGAGGAGCAGCUGAAGAAGUUCAACCACCUCAAGACCUACAACCUGCAUGAGGAGAUGAAGAACCUCAGGGAGCUGCUGGAGGCCACCCCCUCGCCUGUGGUAUUCUGCCACAAUGAUGUCCAGGAAGGGAACAUCCUGCUGCUGGCUGGGCAUGAAGCUUCCUCCUCAGACAAGCUGAUGCUGAUCGACUUCGAGUACAGCAGCUACAACUACAGGGGUUUUGACAUUGGGAAUCACUUCUGCGAGUGGGUUUACAACUACACCCACCCAGCCUGGCCCUUCUUCAAGGCCUCCCCAGAGAACUACCCCAGCAGGCAGCAACAGCUGCAUUUCGUCCGGCACUACCUGUGGGAGGAGGUAGGGCGCCGCGGGGACACGACGCCGGAGGAGCAGCUGCGUGCAGAGGAGGAGAUGCUCACCGAGAUCAACCGCUUCGCCUUGGCCUCUCAUUUCUUCUGGGGGCUGUGGUCCAUCCUGCAGGCCAAGAUCUCCACCAUCAGCUUUGGCUAUCUGGACUAUGCAGAGAGCCGCUUCCAGGCCUAUUUCCAGCACAAGGCACAGUGCUCCUGAGAGUCACUCCCUCAGGGCUGCCUGGGACCCCUCCUUCAGCCCUCCCUGGCCCCCUGCCCCACCUCUGCCUGACCUCCCCCACAGCUCUGCUUGGACCCCCACCCUCACCUCUACCUGACCCCCACGGCCUCCCCCUUCCUGCCUUGACAGUGCCUGGACUGUGGGGCAGGACAAGGACAGGCUUUGCCCUCCCUGGGGAGGGGGCUAGAAUUGUUUGGGGUGGGGUUGUUCUGGAACGGUUUUGGGGAAGCUGGUGCCCACUUCGGGUACCCCCCAAGGUGCAGGGAAGAGGGUGGGGAGGGUGGGGGGAAUCUGUGUCCCCCAGCAAAGGAGACAACCCUCCCUGGGGAGGUGGGUUGUCUCCUUGUCCCUGCAUUGCUGGCACAGAGCAGGGCUUGAAUCUGGGGGCCGGGGGGAGCACUGGUGAGACACCCCUGCCCUGGCCAGUGUGGGGCACAGAGCGGGCACAGCUGCCAAAGUUCCCCUCUCUGGGCUCCCAGGGGGUGCUGAGAGCCCCCAGGGGGCUGCUGUUGGGCUCCUUCUCGUGCCCUCCAGAGCUCUGGUCACCCCCAGGCCUCCUGGGGUGAGGGGCAGUGGCUAGGGGAUGGGGGCUGCUGUGUGUGUCCCCAUCUCCGAUGGCAGAAUGUACCCUCCCUUCAGACCAAUAAAUGCUGCGGUGGGGCAUGGCCUCAGCUGGCUCUUGGUGGUCCCCUGGCCACCGCCUGCUCCUCCCCAGGAUGUCCCAGA